AUGUCUGCACCCCACGACCAGAACCGUCAUCCCCGCCGCCGUCCUCUUAAGGGUUCCGCAUCCCCUCUGAGCACCCAUGGCAUGCAGCUAAGGAAGAGCGGUACUUUCUCGUCGCCAACCCACAUAUCGUCCGACAUCUGCGAGGUGGACCGAUACUUCAUGCCCCGCCGCUCGCCAACCAACACUGACAGGCUGGAAGAGCUAGUCAACGACUCCAUCCAGGACCCUAGCGUGCGUCGUGUCACCAACCUGCUCAAGGACUUCGAGGCGAGGGUCGCUGGCCAUAAGAGCGCUGCCGCCGGUUGCGAUCUUCUCAACGAUCCGGAGGUUCUUCCUGUCCCGAGCUUUGUCCUCGACAGCGCCUCAUUGGACCACACCCCAAUGGACAUCGACUCAAAGCCUACUGCAGUUCGACGCAGCCCCCACGACCACGCUUCUGACAGCGGUCUGGGUUCCAGCAUCAGUGGAUCGAAAUACGACGAGAUUCGCUCCCAGCGCUCGAGCGUCCGUGAAUCCAUCAGCACUUCAAUCAGCUCGACGCACUCGGCUGUCACCAGGUCUUUCUCCUCGCUCAGUACUUCCGACGAGGGUCACGUGCUCGGCGAGCACACGUGCAAGCAGAUUCACGACUACAUCGUCAAGCCCAUUCUCGCCGAGGAGUCUCUCAAGGACUUCCACUCCCUCGUAAAGGACGUGCCUCGACGCAUAGGUGAGAAGCACAUCCGCAACCUCCGUGAUCUCGAGAAGACCCUCAUCUUCCUCGCACCGGUAAGUGGAUCCACCCGUUGUCUUUCUCAAAGUGCAGAAGCUUAUUGCAUUUUUCGUGGUUUAAAGGAGCUGUCGGCUUCCCCGGACUCGUACUCCCGCUUCUGCGAACGAUCAAUCCAACUCUUGGCUACGACCGUCCAGUACAUUUCCGAACAAGACCGGCGACUACCAACCGACCGCCCUUAUACUGACGGCUACUUCCUCGAUUUGAUGGAACAGAUUAGACGAUACGCUUCAAUCAUGGCUGCUACAAGAGAAAAAGAAUCCAAGGGCGAAGACCUAGACGAGAUGGAUUACUCACGCGAUGAGAAGAUCACCCUCCGCGGUGGCAUCAGCCACAACGGCCGUCCUGUCGAGCUCGUCCGGGAGAAGAACGGCAGCAUCGUGCCCAUCUCGGAAGAUGCCUCAAACGCCUUCAGGAUCAAGCGUCGUCUGUCGGACGCAGACGAGGACAGCAUGGACGAGGACGAAGUAACCCGCUCCAUGGCACGACGACGCAAGUCUGAGAAACCCGGGGACGUAAUGCACACUUGCCGUGACUGCAAGAAGGAGUUCAAGCGACCAUGUGAUCUGACCAAGCACGAGAAGACUCACUCUCGCCCAUGGAAGUGCUCCGAGAAGAACUGCAAGUACUUCGAACUCGGCUGGCCGACUGAGAAGGAGCGUGAUAGGCACAUGAACGACAAGCACUCUGCUGCCCCCGCUCAAUACAAGUGUCUCUACCACCCAUGCACCUACGCUUCGAAGCGUGAGUCCAACUGCAAGCAGCACAUGGAGAAGGCCCAUGGCUGGGAGUAUGUUCGCUCCAAGAGCAACGGUCGCAAGAAGGGCGCUUCUGGCAGCGAGCACAGCCCCGCUACCCCUCUCACUCCCUUCAUCGGUACACCCAUGUCGGCGACCAUGACUACACCCAUCACGCCCUUCGCCGCAUCGCCUCAAGUGCCCAUGAUCGAGAACUUUGACUGCUAUGGCUUCGGAACCCCGGCUAUGAGUGCUCACGGCUACCAAGAUGACUUCCGCCGUGACUCGAUCACCACUGAUGGCUCACACUUCACAUACUCAUCAGGGCACUCGCCCGUUGAGCCCACAUCUUUUGAUGAUGCUGUGACGCCAGAAGACACUCACAUCAACCACAACGACAUCUACAACGCCUGUGCACUGAACGCAAACUUCAACACUGGCUACCAGCAGCCAACCCCAAUGAGCACAGCGUUUGACUUCGCGCCGUUGCCAUUUGGGACGAACAACAACAUGAACGGUCUGCCACACCUAUCACCCAUGGCUCAGCCCGACAUCACUCUCUACUCACCAGAUAUGGACGAGGGUUUUGGCGGUGACAUGGACAUGACCAUGCAAGGCUUCAGUCGUCCUGGCCAGGACUUCACGUUGUUCGACACGGCGCCGCCCAGCCAGAUGACGUUCAACAACACUGCCAACUUCUUCCCCGAUUUCAACCAGGUCGGAGGCCAGUUCGAUCCCCAGUACAUUGAGCCCACCACUACGUUGGAUGACUUGAACUUCAUGGGUUUCGGGAACCAGCAGUAA